GACGACGAUUAGCCCUUCUUCCAAUUCAAUCAAUCAAAGUUUUGGACGUGAAAAAGAGACUGUAUCUUUAUAUAUAGCUACAUAAGGUAGUUAGAUUUCAGGGUCAAGAUGCCUCGCUAUGAUGAUCGAUAUGGUAGCACUACUCGUCUCUACGUGGGUCAUCUCUCUUCUCGCACCCGUACUCGUGAUUUGGAAUACACUUUUGGGAAAUAUGGGAGAGUACGCCAAGUGGACAUGAAGCGUGACUAUGCCUUUAUUGUAUGUAUCUUUUCUCUCUGUUUAUUCUUGCAUGUUACCUUUUCGUAGUUUUUCCCAACCCUGAGGAUUUAUUCUUGUUUUCGGUGGUCUACUGUUUUGUUCAUGACAAGUUAGACUAUUGUAUGUAUCCCUUUGUUUUCUUUGCAAUACAAUUUCUAUCUUCAGGAUUUUAGCGAUCCUCGUGAUGCUGAUGAUGCAAGACAUUAUUUAGAUGGAUGUGAAAUGGAUGGACACCGUAUCAUCGUUGAAUUUGCAAAGGGAGUACCUCGGGGUUCAGGCGGGUCCCGAGAUUAUCUUGGACGUGGUCCCCCUCCUGGUUCCGGCCGCUGCUUCAACUGUGGUCUUGAAGGUCACUGGGCCCGCGAUUGUAAAGCCGGUGACUGGAAGAAUAAGUGCUAUAGGUGCGGAGAAAGAGGUCACAUAGAAAAGAAAUGUCCAAACAGUCCUCAAAAGCUCAAGCGUGGAAGGAGUUACUCAAGGACACCGGAUAGAUCUCGGUCUCCUCGCUAUGGUCGGAGGCAUAGCCGAAGUUAUAGCCCAAGACGCAGCUAUAGCCGGUCAAGGUCAAGAUCACCUGUGGCGAGGAGGGAAGUGGAGUAUGAGCGGAGGUCGCCCCCCAGCAGAAGCCCGGCAAGGAGCAGAAGCCCAGCAAGGAGCAGAACCCGGAGCCCGUCUGAGACCAGAAGUCCUCGACCUUCGUCCAAAACACAGAAGCGCCACUCCUCCCCUCCUCCGGCUGAGACCAGCCCCCCUGGCGGCGGUGGCGGCAGCAGGGGAGAGAGUCCUUCUCCUCCCCCCUCAAAGAGGGCAAGAGCCAGUCCAGACGAUGGCGGGGACUCUAGGAGUCCUCCAGAUGGGAGGAGAAGUCUGAGCCCUCUCAGCCCAGCGAGAGGCGGUGGCGGCGGCGGUGGCUCAGCUCCUAGGAAGUAUGAUGAGAGCCCUUCGGAUGCCAAUGGCCGAAGCCGCAGCCGCAGUCUCAGCCGGAGUCCGAAGUAUGAAAGGAGAUACGCCGAGGAGGACGAUUAACGAAGAUUGGGUUGAGAUGUUUUAUUUGUUUAAUCAUCAUCGUUAUUUCAAGGGACAAUGAGACUUUUUUUGUCUGGGAAUGGUUUGUGGUAUUCACAACCAUUCUAUGGAUGUGUUAUUGUGGACAUGUUUUUUUCUUCAAGUUUUAGACAUUCUAAACUCUCAUUUUUCUUAGUUGUCUGCAGACAGUUAGUACUUUAUUGAUACGAAAGACUAAAGAGUGCUUGUUUUA